AUGCGCCCCUCGUUUCCAUCUUCCGGGUUUGCUAUAGUAUCCUUACAACUAGAGACAUCUACGAUCGACGCGUUGCUUAGCGAAGCACGAUCACGCACAUACACACCAGUUUUUCGAGAGGUCGGCGGAGCUGAUGAUGACCCUUUUCGAAGCCAGUCGCGCGUUGUUCGAGUGAGUUCGACACUAAAACUUGUCCAAAAAGCUAUUAAGGAGGACGCGUGUAUUAGAGACGAGAAGUAUACACCUACAGUAUUUUCUUUCAUGCAUUCUUGGCCAGGUGGAGAAGCUCAAGAGCCCCAUUAA